AUGAGGUUUCUUUUUUGCCUGUGCCUUUUGGCCAUAUGCGCACAUGCAUUACCUUUAGAUGGAACAGUGGGUUCUAUUUUUUGCAUUUUGUGGCCGCACAAGUAUCCCCCUGGAUUUACCCCGGUAAUGAUGGGGUUGGAUACCGUAUAAACCCUAACUCCCUGCACUCGAGAGCGAACCCCAACAACCUUCUACUUCGAUUCCAGUGACGAAUGCUCGAAGAAGUGCUCUGGACAUUGUGCAGUUUGCAAUGCAACAUGUAUCUUUGGGAACCGAUGUGUUUGCGGGACAGCUACUUACUGUGUUUACGAAUACAACCAACAUUAA